CAAAAAGAAUGUGCAGAUUGAACUUCUUAAUCAGUGCAAACCGCAAACAACGUCGUUGUUUGGCAUUUCAUCUCUGCUCAGGUCUGCGCAAGAUUUCUUCAGCUGCCUGAAUACAGAAAGUGGAAGCCUAUUCUUUAAGGCAGUAUGGAAAACAAUCAAAGUCAAGACACAGAGGAAAAUCCAUACCUUUGUUUUCAGAGAACCCCAUCUCUCCGUCGCAAAUGGCGGAAACGCUACGGAGGACUGGACGGCAACAAACUACUGGAGCCCAACAAGGAGGAGGACAUGCGAGAAAAUGGUGGAAUAACAGAUGCCCACUUGGACAGGAACUUGACCCCUGUGAAAGGAGAUGAAUGCCAGGAAGCUCCUUUGCCAGGAAAUACUCCACAUCCUUUGCCAAGGAAUUCUUUUCCAUCUCAGAGACCUGUCAGCUUUGUCAGCCCAGGAUCAACAGGCUUACCAUCUUUCAUUGGGAAUGGCGGCCAGAAGCAGCCCUUGCCCCAAGGUGACCAUGAGAGACAGGCCCCUCAAGCCUGGCACAGUGCUGGCAGACCUGAUGCCCAGCAAGGACAACUCAAGCGCAAAGGGGCGGCUGAUGUCCUCUUCGACAGUUUUGCCUCCAAUGGAAGAGUGAACACAAAUCACUUUUUUGAGCCAAUGUGGACCUCUGGAAUCCAGAGAACAGACCCCAGGAUUAAAGACUGCUACAUACUGAUGAGAAAGCUACAGGACUCAGAUGGAACUGUUGACAGGAACACCUUUCAGAGGUGUGUGACAGGCUUUGUAUCGUUCAUCCUGAAAGCACUACAAGGGAGAUUUGUCAUCCCCGACUUUUUCACAUUCACAGAGGAAACGCAGAAGCUCUUUGUGAAAUGCAAACAACUUUCAUCUGUGAAGCAGGAGAAAGACGCAGGAGUGGAGGACUCUGGAAAAUGGGGAGUGUCACUGUGUACAGUGGAUGGACAGAGACUGUCACUUGGAGACUGGUCAGAACCCUGUGUUCUGGGUGAGAUAUCAUGGCCCUUGGUUUACAGCCUUGCCGUGGACCAGCUUGGCUCAGACUGUGUACACAGAUAUGUUGGUGUUGAGGAGUUCUCUAAGUUUGACUCACCUUUUACUCUGACCAAACAAGGAGUACCACACAGUCCUCUCAUAGAGACAGGUGCUCUCAUUUGCUCAUCCUUGCUGCAGAUGACAGUGAGACCUGGCCCUGAAGAGGAGGAAAAGUAUGAGUCUGUCUUGAAUGUCAUCAGGAGAUUAUGCAAUAAAGAGCAUGCAAACUUAAACUGCACAAGUCAUCAGAAUCUGAGAAAGGACAGUAUCCGACUCCAUGCAUUAUCUUUCUACCUUCAAGAAAUGAAAUGCUUUCCAGAGUCUGUGGACAUUAAUGCUACAAUGGAUCUAAUGUUACAAUGUUCAUCAACAGAGGUCACGUGUGAGUCAGGAGCUGCCUUGGCUGGCACAUUCGCCAAUGGGGGCCUUUGUCCACUGUCAGGGGACCAGGUCCUGUCGCCUUCAGCAGUACGCAGUAGCUUGUCCAUGAUGCAGGUGGCUGGGAUGAAUGACUACUCCAGGGUAUUCCAUUUCAAGACUUCGGUACCAGCAAAAUCCAGCAAGUCUGGUGCUGUGUUGAUAGUGGUGCCUGGUGUUCUCGGCCUCAUGGCCUGGUCACCUGAAUUAGAUGCCUUUGAAAACUCCUGGAAGGCUGUGCAUUUCUGUGAGGAACUGGUCUCGUCCUUCCAACUGCAUAGCUUUGACAUCAGGACUCCAUUCAGACAAGUGUUGUCAUACCGACAGUGGAAAGUGGAAUCUGAGGGUUAUCAAAUAAUGAACAUUCUACUUGCUACCUUCCGAGGAGACCUGCCCUCCUUGCGCAGGUACUUCCUGUCUGGGGCAGACAUGAAUGCGGUGGAUUAUGACGGGAGGUCAGCUCUGCAUGUGGCAGCUUCCGAAGGUCACUUGGAGGUCGUCAAAUUCCUGAUGGAUAACACAGGGGCUAGUUGUUUAAUCAAAGACAGGUGGGGCAAUACAGCAUUACAGGAAGCUGUGAGAUGUAACCAGAAACAAGCUGCUCAGCUUCUCAAGAGAUACUCAGAGCAGAGAGAGGCCUCAUGACCACUGAGACUAAAUCUGGAUGUCAACAAACAUGCUUGUGAAAACCCACGGAAUGCACCAGAAUUAUGCACAACACACCUCGAAAAAGGGUCUUGGUUGGGAAUAGAUGUACGGAUUUCGGGAAUAGAUUGGUCAACUCAAACAAGAAAAGACGAAAUUGCAUGCUUUAGAAGCCAAAGAAGAACUAAACAAUACUACAUACUUGAGAUCAGUUUAAGCAGUAACUUGAUUUAAGGUGGUGGUGUGGUAACUAAAUCAAAGUGGCGAAAAGGUAUUUCCGUUGCCAAAAUCAUCGAUUGUUGGACAUAAAGUGUGUACAUAAAGUGAAAGUCAUCUCAGCAUCUGGCAGAAUUGUUCGAGGUUGCCUUUGUGGUUUCCUCUCUUUUGAUGUGGUGGUUGUUUCUUCGUUCAAAAAUCAGCCAAAAAGGAAUAAUAGCAAGUUGUUUUGUGUAAUCCAGCCUCAAAUGAUACAAUUACAAUAUUUUGGUAACAUUCACACUGAUAUACACUUGCAUAGUUUCAGGAUUUACACUAUGCCUUUUAAUACAAAAUGUGUGUUAACAUGUCAGCAGUGCCAGAUUAGUGUUAACUACUGAUGUCAUUGUGCUAUUUAAUCUCACCCUAUACAAGCCUAUUAACAUUAUUUCUGCCAUUAUUAUUUGAAUUUAUGUUUUUAUUGUAUAAAAUUAUCAUUACUUUAUAUAGCUCUCCUCUUACACGGUCUGUUUAUGAAUGUGUUCAUUAGCCUCAUGUUUUUAAGAGACUUGCUUUAUUCCAAUGCAUUUCUGUAAAGACAUUUUUAAAGAAGGCCAUUGUUGUAUCAAGUCGUUCUCAUAUUUAGUGAAUUCUGAAUGUCAUCAACAGUCAAGGCGGGACAUUUGUUGUGGGACAUGCUACUGCAUGCAGUUUAUA